AUGGCAAAACUAAAAGUUUUACUACUUUUGAUGGCGGCUCCUACCGUCUUCUGCGCGACAGAGCCAACUCUCCACCACAGUGAUUCUACCACUUGCGAGGAGUUCAGUAGAUUCGCCAGGUUUAACCCGUACUCGGUCGUCGGUGGCUACUGGUUUAUGUUCUACUACUGGGGUCCGACUCAAGGACACGUGGUCGUCAAUUUCACGGUCCCCACGGAUAAGCAAAUCAAGUACCUAAAACAUCUUCUGGACGAGCACGUGUCGACGCCUAUCAACUGGGAGGCGCGGCUGCUCCUGAUGAUGGAGAGGACCAACAACACCUUCCUGCUGGUGGAGGACGGGGACCGCGGGAAGUACCAUUUCUACCAGCCGUUGAAAGGUCUGAGGAGAGGUGAGGUAGCGCCGACGUUGGACAUGAGACUGAAACAAGUCGGGGACAACCGGUACAUCGGGAUGAUGUCAUGCCAAACCGAAAUGGUGUUCGCAUUCUCUCGAACAACAGACAUACCUAAGAAGGAAGAUCUGCAGGACGCAGCGGCCACGCUGGGUUACCGUGGGAGAGGAGGCAAGUCCUACCUCUACCAGGGACACCAGUGGAUGCCCAUACCGGAGGCUGAUGAUUUCAUACAUGAGAAGAUUGAGAGAAUUAAGGAACAAGAAAAAGCUAAAGAAUGUAAGCUCAAAGAAAGCUUGGAGGUAGUCACAGAUGUAGUUGUGAUAGUGACUGCAUACGAAGACAACUAA